CUCCAUUUUUUUUAUCUGACGUCACAAGUGUCAAAUUCCGAGGAUUUUUUUGCUGCAAAGAAACUUGUCUGGACAAAGACCAACAUUUCCUUUGUGAAUGUAAAGACACGGCGUGGAGUAUUGUACAUACUGGAAUUUGAAUAAAAAGGGUGUGUUGCUGUAGCAUGGCUAAGACUGUGGCCAUCAGGCCCGAUGAAGGCCUGAUGAUGAUGCUAGAGCUUGACGACCGCCUCAAGGAGCAGAUUGACAGACUGGAACAUGUCCGCCUGGCCGCCAUUGAAUUAAAGGACAACCUGUCUAUGGGGGACAAUGAUCUCUCUCAGUCGCUUAGUGAUCAUUUGGAGUGGCUGAAUCAUUUGUCAGAACGUGUGGAGAAUCUUCAGAUGAACACUGCUGUUUUUGUACAGAUGAAUCCAAAGCCUCGGGCCUGGUCAGGGAAGCAGGGUUCCAAGCAUGGCUACCGCUGGGGGCGUGUCCAUGUGGCUGAUGAUGUCCACUCUGAGUUUGGAUGGUCGCCCAUACGCACACGAAGAAACAGUGACGCUGCCUCUGAAAUGUCUUGUAACUGGUGAAUCCCAUAGUGAAGGACUUUGGAACUGCACCACCAAGUGGACACAACUCAUUAUUACAUCUCAUGUGUCAAUAUGCAAAUUACAUAAUUAGCCCACUAUUAUUACUUAACAUGUUUGAGCUAUUCUGUUAUUUUCAUUCUCUUUAGAAACUUGUAAGACCAACCAACCAACCAACUAACUGAUGCCCAACUAACCCACUGGCUAACUGAUGAACAAACUAACCAGUUGACUAAUACCAAGUAACUCAUUCCCUAAACUGACCAAGUAACCAACUGACUAAUUGGCUAUUGACAAACAAACUGACCAACUAAGUUACUAUUUGGCUAACUGACGAAGAUACAAAUUGACUGGCAAACAAACCGGCCAACUAACUAAUUGGCUUAGGAACUAACUGAUCCGGACCAACUUUGUGUGCUUAAGAACUACCUCUGUGUUAAAACCAAUACUGACAAGCUAUUUGAUUGCGUUAUUUGGUUACUAAUUUACAUACCAUUUCAUGUGAAUAGAAGAUUUAAACUGUGCCAAAACAUGAUUAACAAUAUUUUAUUGUACUGUAUGUCAUUGUGCAGGUGUACCUAAUGUUGUGGCAAGGGGUGCAUGGCGUAAUGUGUGACGUCAAGUGUGAAAUCAGUACACGUCCAUAUGUGGGUGUCAGCUAUCGUGCACCACCGACAGGGGGCGCGCCUUGUCAUUGCGUCACUGUUCAGUCGUGUAUUGUCAAUAAAGCUUUGGGAAUAACGCGUGGUGUUGGCUGUCUGGUACUUGUGAAAAGGAAAGGCAGGAGGUUGGAUAUAAAUACCACUAAAAACUUUAGCUGUCUUCAUACAACAUCUUGGGAAUUAUUUUUUUCUGUAUUUGAGCAUUAACUUGACUUGUAUCGCUUGAAAACAGCGAGAGAAAAUGGCAGAGAGCGACUGGGACACCGUGACUGUUUUGAGGAAGAAGGGGCCGACUGGUGCUCAGGCCAAGUCUAAGCAGGCCAUCACCUCAGCUCAGAGACGUGGGGAAGAAGUGGAGACAACCAAGAAAUGGGCUGCGGGGCAGAACAAACAACACCUUGUGACAAAGAACACGGCCAAACUGGACCGCGAGACGGAGGAGCUCCACCACGACAGGGUUUCCUUGGAGGUUGGCAAAGUCAUCCAGAAGGGGAGACAGGAGAAAGGCCUCACCCAGAAAGACCUUGCCACUAAAAUUAACGAGAAGCCACAAGUCAUUGCCGACUACGAGUGCGGGAAAGCCAUCCCCAGCAACCAGGUUAUGGGCAAGAUCGAGAGAGCAAUCGGUAUGAAACUGCGUGGGAAAGACAUUGGCCAACCCCUGGAGGCAAAACCCAAGAAGAAAUGAACACAAAGCCUCGAAAUCAGCCCCCCCCAACCCACCCACCCCACGCCAUGCUGCCCUUAAUCCCUCUCUUCUCCCCUCUCCCUGGGCUGAUGUGACCAGCGUUCCUGCCUGAGGACCUGGUUCUUCACUUGCAUCACAGGCUGCACACGGACAAGUCAUCACAACACCAACACAACAGAGCGGUUCUUUUCUUUUGGUUCGUUUUGACCAAAUUUGCUUCGACUCUGGCAUGACCCUCUCCCAUCGUGACAGAAAAUGGUUUAAUACAAAGUGGAUAAUCUUCACAACAAUGUCGGUGUGGUCAGUUGAAGAAGGCCUGAGCAUGUUUUAGUGGCCAAAAGUGCUUGAUUGCAUUGCUUUUUUUUCCACACACUUAGCGACAGUUUGCGUGGAUGUCAUUAACAGUGGUGAAAUGUUUUUAAUGCUCUGCUUUGUUUUGUUAGGAAAAUAAAGUUUGGCAAUUCACA